AUGGCUCCUCGGCGGAGUUUCAAUCGAAGCUACAUUGGUACAGCGACCAUGGCUGCACAACAAUCUCAGAGCAUCCAGACGCUACUAGAAGCGGAGAAGGAGGCGGCCAAGGUCGUGCAGCAGGCGCGCGAUUACAGAGUCAAGAAGCUCAAGGACGCGCGGACACAGGCGCAGAAGGAGAUCGACGAGUACCGCAAGUUUAAGGAGGACGAAUUCAAGGCCUUCGAGGCUUCGCACGCAGGCAACACGCAGCACGUCCAGGCCGCCGUCGACGAAGAGACCGAGGUCAAGAAGGGCGAGAUCGCUGAGCAGUACGCACAGAACAAGGAUGCCGUGGUCAAGAAGCUGCUCGACCGCGUCACGCUCAUUACGCCUGAGCUGCAUCGGAACCUCACCAAGGUGGAAUAGAUACGUUAUUGGCACUUUCCGCUAUACACACGCGGUAGGCAGUGCGUGACAUAUCCGCAAGCUUAAUAUCUCGGGCCAGGAACACGGACUUAAUACCAAUCUGUACCAUUACGCGUCUCGCGGGCUGCCGAUCCAUUUCGAGGACAAGGCACACUGCCCACGGCAAUAUGGCCGUUGUCAUUGCGACGGCCUCUGGCAUCUCCAGCCCACAUUGCGUAAGGUGACUCUUCCCCGGCCGGGCAGCCAACUUCCGGAGACGCAACCAUCUACGUAAGCACCCGCGGCCUCCGGAGCCGACGGUUCC